AUGGAGACGCACAGCAAGUUCAUAGUCGAUGAGGCCGAGGAAUACGACUAUGAGUCCCUACCUCCCAACUUCUCCCUCGCUGCCAACAUGGCGGCGGGCGCCUUUGCUGGGAUUGCGGAACAUUCGGUCAUGUACCCGAUCGAUCUCCUCAAGACGCGAAUGCAAGUCGUGAACCCAACUCCCGCGGCGAUAUACACGGGCAUCGGCAACGCCAUUUCCACAAUUUCACGCGCAGAGGGCUACAUGUCACUAUGGCGAGGUCUAUCCAGUGUCGUAGUGGGAGCUGGUCCGGCGCACGCUGUCUAUUUUGCCACUUACGAAGUCGUCAAGCAGGCCAUGGGCGGGAAUGCCUCUGGACACCAUCCYGUAGCAGCUGCCUCCUCUGGAGCCUGCGCAACCAUCGCCAGCGACGCCUUUAUGAACCCUUUCGACGUCAUCAAACAACGCAUGCAAAUGCAUGGCUCCACAUACACCUCCCUCGUCGACUGCGCCCGCAAAGUCUUCCGCGCUGAAGGCCUUCGCGCGUUUUACGUGUCUUACCCGACCACCUUGACCAUGACAGUCCCGUUCACCGCCCUUCAAUUCACCGCCUACGAGUCGCUCACCAAAUUCAUUCAAGCUCAAAGAACGACUCGCUUUGGAGAAGUCCCCGCUUACGAWCCCUUCACACAUUGCAUGGCUGGAGGCUUGGCUGGUGGUGUGGCAGCUGCGGCGACGACCCCUCUGGAUGUGAUCAAGACGUUGUUGCAGACAAGAGGUGGAGCUACGGACAUGGAGAUCAGACACGCAAGAGGACUGUUCCCUGCCGCGGGGAUCAUUUGGAGAAGAGAAGGAAUGAAGGGAUUCUUCCGCGGAAUGAAUGCCAGAGUUGUGACCGCUGCACCAAGCACGGCGAUUUGUUGGAGCGCAUAUGAGUUGGCCAAGGCAUAUUUCAUUCGGGUCGAGGGUGAGGCGGCAGCUUGA